AAAGCGGAUAAUGUGACCCAAUAUGGCGAGCAAAUUGUGGAUGAUGAGAUCGCACGGUACGCCCUGUCCCUGAUCCUACCGGUGGGGGACAUUAUGCGCAAGGCUGAGGUCGAGUACCUGCCCCAGGGGCUAACGGUGCCCAUCAUGCUCUACGAGGAUAUAUUCACGUUUGUGAGGCAAAUGUUACCAUGGGUAUAUAGCCAGUUCAAAGCCAUGCCAGUGGAUACUGCCGCCAACUUCCUCGAGCACCACACCGUCAUCCAGAAGUUUAUGGGCGAAGUGACCGGUUAUAGCCAUUUGUCCAAACGGUUGGCCCUAUUAAGGAGCGGCAAACGGUUUAAGAUGACCGGCACUGAACACAAUCUGAUCAAUAGGCUGAAGGACGAGGAGAAGACCAUAUAUGGGGCACUGGACUACAUAAAAGGAUUUUGGCAGAUGGAGUUCCCCAGACUCUACUCAGCCAUUGGAAAUUUACCGACAAGUGAGCUCAGAUCCAAAAACAUCCAGUUGCUACUGAUGGACAUGGUUCUACUUCACCAGGCACCACUAUAAACAACUAUAAACUACACUUUUAUAAAAUUAAUAUUCACGCCUAGCUAAUUAAAAAUUAUUUUAAUUAUACAUGUAUUAAUAUUUAAUUGAUUGGAAUAAUAUUUUCACUACUAAUAAAUUAUUUUUUGUAUUUAUGCAAUAAUACAUAAUUUUAUCAUGUUUGAAUAUUUUUUAAUUCCU